AACUUUUUGGUGCCUUCUAUGAAAUGAACAGAGCUCCAAAUCAAAAGGGAAAGACGACGCAAGGAACAGGUAGCCUGACGUGCUCUAAGGUGGCGAAGGUUUCGGUCUGCCCCCAGGCUCUGCUGGCGCUGAGGGAGCAGAUCCGGGCCUUCGACCAGGAGACGAGACACGCCCUCCUCAAGCACGCCUGCUGGCACGCUGCUGAGGGAAGACCGCAGCCCUCGGAGGAGCAUCGUGUGUUUCCCCGUAAAGCUGCUGCAGAGGAAAUGUUAGGACCUCACUUCAGAGAGAUUGUAGAAAACAUGGAUGACUAUUUGAAUCCACUCCUCACAAAGUUUGACUUUUCAUGCUUAAGGCCGCAGACUACACCACUACUGGUCCCUGAGAUGACCAAAGCCAGAGAUAAAGAAGAGAAAGGGAGCUCAGUGAAGUUACCAGCAGAAUCAGGGGAGUAUGUGGUGUUGCUGGCAGACAGGAAGUUACUGGAGUUGCCGCUGGAAGCCUUGUCCAUCCUGCAGGAGGAAAGCCUGAACUCUGUGUCUCGAGAUUUCUCCCUGCAGCUCCUCCACAGCCGCCUGAUCCGAGUAGAGCCAAACAAAGUUGAAAGUGACAACAAAAAGGAGACCAAAGGUGGCAAGGGAACGAAGGGGAAGGGAGAUCAAAGCCAAGCCAUCAAAGUGAUACCUGUGUCUCAUGCACUGCCCUCAAACUCCUUUCCAGUGGACAUGCGUCAUUUCAAAUAUAUUGUUGACCAUCACAAUGAAGGCACCUUUGAUGGGACCAGCUUAAGCAAGAGGAUGAAGGAGAUUUUGGAAACCCACAGCCAGCAUUGUACCCAUCUGUGGGAGGGCUUCAUGGGGAGCACAGUAACCCCCAGUCUUUCCGAGGUGGAGCAGCUGCUGUGUGGAUGCAGCGCCUUCAUUUAUCUGGGGAUGGAGCGCUUCAUGGCAAACAUUCCACCUGCCAAACUGACAGCCCUCAGUCUGUGUGAGUGCCGCCUUGUUCUUCUCUUUGACGUUGUUCAGAACAAUGCCAGUGUUCUCCGCCAAUCCAGCCUUGACAAGCACAAGAG